AUGCAGCGUUUACUCAUUUUGAUCUUGGGACUUGCUUCGACUUUGAUGUCCGUGUCAGCAGCUCCCUUGACCGAUGCAGCCUCUACUGUAGACAUACCGCAGGAAAGCAUAUUGGGAGUUUUCGAGAUCUCUGACUAUGAUGACAUCGCCCUUCUUCCGGUGAGCAACGGUACCCAUUCUGCUGUUUUGAUAUUGAAUGCAACCCUAAUUGAUGCCGCAGGUACUUCGAAUUCAGACGAAGUUGAAAAGAGAUCAGCCAGUCCAUGGCAUUGGCUGAGAUUGAAAGGCCCUAUGUACAAAAGAGACGCCAGUCCACAAGCUGAACCCUGGCAUUGGUUGAGAUUGAAAGGACCAAUGUACAAGCGAGAUGCAAAUGCUGACGCUGACCCUUGGCACUGGUUAAGAUUGAAAGGACCCAUGUAUUGA